AUGACCGGUCACCCUCUCCUCUCUCAACUCUCUGAAAUCGACCAACACCGCUUCUGGGAGUACGGACGAGGACCCCGGACUGUCGUCCCUUUCGAAUGCGUUCACCAUGCAUUCGAACACCAUGCCCAAGCCAACCCCCACCUCACUGCACUCGAGGAGUUCGACACCAAGAUCUCCUACCGGGAGCUCGACAACCGGGCUAAUUGCCUUGCCACUCACCUCCGUGGUUUGGGCGUCGACGUUGGCUCGCGUGUUUGCCUCCUCGUCGAGCGAACUCCACGACUUGUCGUCGGUAUCCUGGGUAUCGUCAAAGCGGGUGCAUCCUACGUUCCCCUUGACGGUAAUGUCGUCUCCGAUGGUACCCUCCAUCACGCCAUUCGCGACUCGACCCCAACGGUCGUUCUCACCCUUCGCAAGUUCCAACACCGCCUUGCGGACACGUCGUCAAAGGUCGUCUACUUGGACGACGUUCUGUGCAGUGACUACGACCCUGGUCACUGCAUCAAACCUCAAGACUCUGCCACCAAGUCCGAUUCUGUCUACAUCGUUUAUACCAGUGGUACUACCGGCACGCCCAAAGGUGUUGAUGUUACCCACGGCAAUGUCACGAACCUAUUAUGUCUUGCCCCGGGAAAUCUGGGCAUGAAGCCCGGUAUGAGGGUUGCUCAAAUUAUGAACAUCUCGUUCGACCUUGCGGCAUGGGAAAUUUUGGGCGCCAUGAUGAACGGCGCUACCCUCUGCCUUCGAGGAAAGACAUCCAAAGAAUGGAGGGCCGUUAUGAGAUCUGUUGACAUAUUGAUCUCCACCCCAUCGAUGCUGACACCUCAUAAACCCGCUGAUUAUCCCAACCUCAAGACCGUCGCAGUUGCCGGCGAGCCCUGCCCAAAAGCCACCGCUGAUUCUUGGGGCGCACAUGUCAAUUUCUACAAUUGCUGUGGCCCUACUGAGGUCACAAUUGUGAAUACCAUGCAACAUCACACCCCAGGCGACACAAUCACCAUCGGGGGUCCAACUCCCAACAACUCUGUUUAUGUUCUCGAUGAGAAUAUGUCUCCUGUCCCAAUCGGCGAACCCGGGCUGAUGUGGGCUGGCGGUGCUUGCGUCACCAAAGGCUACCUCAAUUUACCUGACAAGACCGCUGAACGUUACAUCCCCGACCCAUUUGCGAAUGAUGGUUCGAUGAUGUUCAAUACCGGUGACCUGGGACGAUGGCAUAUGAAUGGCACCCUGAUCCCUCUUGGGAGGAUCGACAAUCAAGUCAAGGUCAAGGGGUUCCGGGUGGAACUGGAUGGCGUUGCUGCUGCUAUCGAGUCCUGUCCGGGAGUUCAGGUGGCUACCGCUCUCCUUAUCGACGAGGAACUGUGGGGGUUCGCCACUCCCUCUUCUCUCGACGUCGAGAGUGCUAAAGCAGCCGCACUCAAGGUCCAACCCUACUACGCCGUUCCAACGAGAUUCCUCACUAUGGAUGAAUUCCCCAAGACAGCAAACGGAAAGACUGACAAACGUGUCUUGCGUCAAAUGGCUAUCGACACAAGGGAUCGGGAGCAGGUGUCGGUUGCCAAGGAGCCGGCUUUGAAUGAGCCCAACCCUAUCAUCCCGUCAGCGACACUCCAGAUCACUCCGAGCCUUCUCCAUCGUACCUCGGACAACAGUCUGGGCUCUACCACUACUGCUGUAGGCUCUGACGUCAAACAGAUCGACUCCUCCGCCUCCUCCGCCCUCGAGAAAGAACAGUAUAUCUGGUCGGGAUACGAGGAUGAUGAGUACCCUGAGAAGAUUCAUGGUCCCAUCAUUCGUAACCUUCGCCAUCGAAUCUUCUCCCUGUACAGGCGUCUAUUCUCUGUGGUCUUCAUCAUCAACAUUGCCCUCCUCAUUUGGAUUCUCGUCACCAAGGACUACGAUGCCAACAGGCUCGGAGGGAUCGUCGUCGCCAAUGUCUUCAUCGGGAUUCUCAUGCGUCAGGAAGCCGUCAUCAACAUCCUCUUCGCCAUCUUUACCGGUAUUCCUUCAUCUUGGCCAUUGGCCAUCCGGCGUGUCGCUGCGCGGAUUUAUACCAUUGGUGGUAUACACUCUGGUGCCGGGGUUUCUGGGUUCUUCUGGUUGGUCGCGUUUACUGCGCAGGCUACCAAGGAAAUGAUGAAUCGUGGAAAGACAUCUGUCCGCACUGUCGCGGUGACAUAUGUCAUCUUGGCUGAAUUCCUUGGUAUUCUCAUCUUCGCCUAUCCGGCCCUCAGGAAGAAGCUACACGACACCUUCGAGAUGACUCAUCGGUUCCUCGGAUGGACUGCUCUUGCCCUAGUUUGGGUGCAAUUUAUAUCUUUGACCAUUGACUACAUGCCUGAAGGACAGACUCUCGGACAGACCCUUGUCAAGUCUCCUUACUUCUGGCUCGUCAUCAUUUUGACUGUGUCAAUUAUUUGGCCGUGGCUCCGUCUCCGCAAGGUUGAUGUCCGCUCCGAGGUUCUAUCGAAGCACGCCGUCAGAUUUUGGUUUGAUUACGGCGUCACGCCUCCUGCCGGUUCCUCCGUCCGUCUCUCCGAUGCCCCAUUGAAGGAAUGGCACGGCUUUGCCACCAUCCCAAUGCCAAAUCGCUCUGGAUAUUCCGUAGUCGUCUCCCGGGCUGGCGAUUGGACCUCCAAGCAAAUCGACAACCCGCCGACCAAGAUAUGGGUCAAGGGUGUCCCCACUUAUGGUGUCCUCAAGCUCGUCCCCAUGUUCCGUAGCAUGGUUCUCGUCGCCACGGGAUCGGGCAUUGGCCCUUGCGCUCCCAUCAUCUUCGAGAAGAAGAUCCCCAUGCGCGUUUUGUGGACUGCGCCGAAUGUCCGACAGACGUUCGGUGAUACCCUGUGCGACUCUAUCCUAGAAGCGGUUCCGGAUGCUGUGAUCUAUGACACUCGUAAACAUGGCAAGCCUGACUUGGUCAAGCUUGUGCUGAAACUCGUCAAGGAGUUUAAUCCCGAGGCAGUUGCGAUUAUUUCUAACCAGCCUCUCACAGAGAAGGUCGUCUACGCAUGUAUGAGCCGAGGGAUCCCAGCCUUUGGUGCGAUUUGGGAUUCUUGA